CUGUAUCAAGUGACUGCUUAGACAACACUCCAGCCUGGUCCGCGCGGAAGCAGCUGGGGGUUUCAACCAAGCUGGGCUCAGAAGCCAGUUGUUGGCGCUGUCCGUGGUGCUGAGGAAUUCCCGGCUGCCGGCAGGAUGAGCUCCGAAUCAGCAGUCUGCAAACUGCUCCCAGCGAUGCCAAACCCUAGCUAAAGUUGUGCCUUUGCUUCACGUCCACAGUUAGAAUCUUCUGGUGUGUGAGGAGGGAUUCAGUCAACAUUACCGUGGAUGAUGCUGAUGGUUCUGCCGGUGGAGUGGGCUUUAAUCUUCAGUAUGCUGUUUCUGUUUGUGAUCCUCAGAGCCUAGCCAAGUCACCUCUACUGCCGUAGCAAGCACUGUGUAAGUGAACCCAUGUGUGGAGGAGGCGUAAGCAGCCAGGAAAUUUCAUAGAAGGAUCUAAGAAAAUGCUAAAAAUAAGUUCAACAUGAUCCUGCUACCGGGGUCCGGAUUUCCACAGGACCAGUAUUGCUUCUUGCUUUGAAUUCUGAAGACAGUCCAAAGCAUAUUUCUUAUGUGUGUCUGCUGUUUCUCUCUGGAAGGGUGGGAGACUGCUUCUUGGCUGUGUUUUGAAAUGGGAGGUAGAGAGGAUGGAUUGCCUUUAAUUCAUGCCUGAAAAUGCAUUCUUUGGGUGACUAAAGAGGACCAGCUUUCCUAAGACAUACCUGACCUUUAAGUUCAGAUUGGUCUGUGACCCCCAGCACCAUCAUUAACCUCAGAGUGACUAGCCCACCCCUCUUGCAUUCCCAUGGAAGGAGCUGAGUGUAUUUAAUAUUAGGAGAACAUCCAGAAGCCUGUGAGGAGGGGGAUGGCUCUUCAUAUUCAUGAAGCUUGCAUACUUCUAUUGGUCAUCCCUGGAUUGGUCACCUCUGCUGCCAUCAGUCACGAAGACUAUCCUGCUGAUGAAGGUGACCAGGCUUCCAGUAAUGACAAUCUGAUCUUUGAUGACUAUCGAGGGAAAGGGUGUGUGGAUGACAGCGGCUUUGUAUACAAAUUGGGAGAGCGGUUUUUCCCAGGGCAUUCCAACUGUCCAUGUGUCUGUGCUCUAGAUGGACCUGUUUGUGACCAGCCAGAAUGCCCUAAAAUUCAUCCGAAAUGUACAAAAGUGGAACACAAUGGAUGCUGUCCAGAAUGUAAAGAAGUGAAAAACUUUUGUGAAUAUCAUGGAAAAAAUUACAAAAUCUUGGAGGAAUUUAAGCCCUCUCCAUGUGAAUGGUGUCGCUGUGAGCCCAGCAAUGAAGUUCACUGUGUUGUAGCAGACUGCGCAGUUCCUGAGUGUGUCAACCCAAUCUAUGAACCAGAACAAUGUUGUCCUGUCUGCAAAAAUGGUCCAAACUGCUUUGCAGGAACUACAAUCAUUCCAGCUGGCAUUGAAGUGAAAGUGGACGACUGUAACAUCUGUCAUUGUCACAACGGGGACUGGUGGAAACCCGCUCAAUGCUCAAAGCGCGAAUGCCAAGGCAAGCAGCCUGUGUAGGGCAUAUUCCCGAAUGAUGACAAGUUCUAGGAAGGGAUGCUAUGGCUUCUACAGGGCACAUGUUUAACACUCAUCAAAAUGAGCAAACUAACUGCUGCCAGCUACAACAGGGUCACCAGCAAAACCUUCUGGGGUUGACAAAAGUGAUCAUUUUACCAAGAGGAAAAUUCUCUCUCUUUCUCUUGCUAUAUAAAA